AUGUUGGCAACACUGGUGCGUAAAUAAAAAUAAUAAACGGGGCGAGUUCUAUUUCUGUUUUUUGAGCUGGAAAAAGUGCCCAAUUACCCGGAUAGAGCAUGGGUACAGUUAUUCUCGAGACGUAUGAUGAUCUCCAGGUGAAGCUGAAUGAGGCACGAUCGCGUUUGAAGGGCCUAAAUGACAAUAUAAGGCGUGUUGUGGGCAGAGAUGUUGUAAACUUUCCACCGAGGCUGGACAGGAAGCGGCCUUAUGAAUCGGAUUUUGGGGCAAAGGACAAUGUUGUGGUCAAGAGGCGCUUCAAUAAUGACACAAAGUCUGUGUUUAGUCGGCUGUCGGGGCCACCACAUCGCGAUGAGGAGCAAGAGAUGAAGCCCAAGGUGUUUUCCAGGGUGAUAAAGGAACUGCCAACGCGGGAGGAGAUUGUAGCAGCUCAGGGCCUGGAUGAACAGUCCAAGGCACGCAACAGACGCAUCUUUGCCGUGAGUCUGCUGGGGACACUGCAAAAAUUCUGCCAGGAGGAGUCCAGGCUGAAGCCAAAAGAGGAGAAAAAGGCACAGAUUGAGAAGCGACUGGAGGAUCAGGCACGUCGGGAGAAAAUCAACAUGGAGAAGGAACGGAAGAGUCUGUUCAAUGAUCGGAAGCAGCAGCAGCUGCAGAUCAGGCUCCUGGAGCAGAAGAUGAGCAAGAUGCAGGAGGAGAAGGAAUGGGAAGAAUCCCAGCGGCCACUGGUGAAUUUCAUCAAGACAAAAACCAAGCCACAUCUUUUCUACAAACCCAAAAUCAUCUGCAAGAAGACAGAGAGGAAGCUGGCUGACAGCAGGGCAGAGAUUGAGAAGUCCAUCGAGACGAAGAGGCAGAGCGUCAAAGAGGAAAUCGCCGAAAUGGAGAAACGCUACAGGUCAGAAGUGGCUCAGCAUUCGGAUCAGAUGCCGUCCAGGGCGUCAGAGAUGGCUGAUCGGGACAUGGACACCGACGGUGAACAUCACAGCUCCAACGGACACAGCGAUGACGAGACUGAGGGCGUGCAAGUGGCCAGGAUCCGGGGACGUUUCGGUGAGGACAAUCAUCCCCUAAAAACUGUCUUCAAGAAAGAAGACUCCAAGGACAACUUGAAGAUGAUCAUUUCCGUGGUGAAUGAUCAAGCUGUGACCAACUGAGAUCACUUCAGCAUUUUUUUCUCUCCCGGAUUAUUAAAAAAAAACAAAAAAACAUCCCUAGAGCACAUUGAAAUGAAAUAAAAAUUUAGCCCUUUUGGUAA